AGGAAACGGCCCGGGGCCUGGCCUCUCCGCCUACAAAGCUGACGCCCCGGCACCAUUGCCAAGGACAACAAAAGCUUCCCAUCCUCUAUUCCUCUUGGCCCGUUUCCUCCAUCCACCACCAGCCUCUCCAUCUCCUCUUCUCGGGGUCUCCGUCCUAGUGCCUUCGCUUGGUGUUGGGGUCGCGAUGGAGAAGGCGGCCUGCGUGAGGAAGGAGGCGGUGGCGGCGCCGGAGGAGGCGCCGCCGACCCUGAUGGCGCCGGAGAAGGAGCCCGAGAAGUGCUACAAGAAGACGGUGGGGGAGGAGGCGACGUUCCUGGAGAGCGCCAAGGACUACUUCAACCAGUUCAAGGCGAUGCCCGCGCAGAAGCACUGGAUCUGCCUCAAGAACUACUUCUCCCAGAAGUGCAGCUCGGUGUUCGGCAAGCAGAAGGUCGAGCCCGUGGUCAAGGAUGAGACUCAGGAGGGGGCCAAGCCGGCAGCAGUUGAGUCUCGCUGAAGGGGCCGGUCGUCUUUUUUGGGGAAACAGCCAAUGUAAUAAAUGAUCUUGGGCAUGUUCUACGGUGGCGAAAACUUGGGACUUUUUUGGUCUCGUCAGAAACUAGUAUCGUAUUAUAUCUUGCUAGCUGUUCGAAGUAGUGGUGUGAGCAUCAUCGAUCCAGUAACUCGUCAUGAAUACAAUGUGUUUCUGCAUCUUCUUAGAAUGUGAACCUUAAUCUGCCUGAAAUGGAAUGGUUAAUGAGGCCAUUUGAGAUGGUUUGCCAUUGUUGCU